CCCACGCGCCCGUCGCGUCCCCCCCCCCCACCUCCAAGCGGCGAGAGCGGAGAGCUCGUGACAGCGAGAGAACCAUCCAUCCAUCCCCCCCAUGGCGACGGACGGCGAGCAGCAGCAGCAGGCGCCGCCAGCGGAGGAGGUCGUGUCCGUCGAGAUGCCCGCGCCCGAGGGCUGGACCAAGAAGUUUACUCCCCAGAGAGGGGGAAGAUCUGAGAUUGUUUUUGUUUCACCAACUGGAGAAGAAAUUAAGAACAAGAGGCAACUAAGCCAGUACCUAAAGGCACACCCCGGAGGCCCUGCUGCUUCUGAGUUUGAUUGGGGAACUGGUGACACCCCAAGACGUUCUGCUCGCAUUAGUGAGAAAGUCAAGGUUUUUGAUAGCCCAGAAGGUGAGAAGAUCCCGAAACGCAGCAGGAACUCGACUGGCAGAAAGGGCAGGCAGGAGAAAAAGGAGGCCCCUGAAACUGAAGAAGCCAAAGAUGCUGAAGCUGGCAAGGAUGCCGCAGAGGAGGCCCCUGGUGAAGAUGCAGUGAAGGACACUGAUGUGGCGAUGAAGCCUGCUGAAGAGGUGAAGGAGGCUCCUACUGAAACUGAAGGUGCAGAGAAUGCUGUGGACAAGGCUGAUGCUCCUGCUCCAGCACCAGCAGCAGAAGAAAACAAGGAAACUGAGAAACCUGCUGAAUCUGUUGUCGCUCCUCCCGCUCCAUUGGAGGAGAAGAAAGACGCUGUUGAAGAGAACAAGGAAGAUGCCAAGCCUGCUGAGGCUGAAGCUGCUGCUCCAGCUCCAGCAAGCAACCCUACUGAGAUCUCGGCCCCUGCUCCCGCCGAGCCUGCUGCAGCUGCUGCUCCAGCGCCUGAAACCAAAUCAGAUGCUGCCGCCGCCGCCGCCGCUCCAGCAUCUGGAACCAAACCAGACGCCGCUCCAGUAGAGAACUCCGCUGACAAAGGCGCUAGCCAGGAGAGCCAGCCGAACGCCGUCAACAACGGCCAGCUGCCACCCUCCGCGGUGAAGUGCACCUGAAGCUGGAUCCGGAAGGAAGCCUUCCGGCGCCGUGUAUCUCAUUUUAGGAACAAAUUGCAUUUGCAUUCCGCAUUGUAAUCAGUCAGUCAAAAAUCGAUGGACCGGUAAGCAUGUUAAUUAGUCAGUCUGACGCUGCUGGGUGACAAGUCGGUAAGUUAAAAAUUAGGCUCUGCGUUUUUAGCUAUUUGUAUGUGUGUAUCCAUCCAUCAUGACAUCUUCGUUGCAUUGUACCUAACUGUGUAAGCAUGUUAAUUUUAGGACAUGUAUACUCCUCUCCUCUCUGAAUCUGUAGUCUGUACCUGUGCUGGAUGCUGUCACUCAAAACCUGCAUAACCAGUUGUGUGUUAUCUAUGAGAAAUAAAGGCCGCUGACUGGCUAACUUGGCUGUGGA